GUAUACACCAGACAAUUGACAAGACGCGACGCGUUAUGUCGCGGCUUUUUGGAAGCACAGCGCGGCAACGUCGCGCGACGCAACCCACAUAGAUUACGGGCUACUUUUGCCUGAUUUCCCUCGCAGUGCCAGUCCGCAGUCGCUCGUCCGUUUGUUUGACGCUGGUUGUCGCGCGCACGAUGUCGCGUCAGCAAGGUUUAAAAAAAUGUUUUACCACAGAAAAUAUUCUUACUCUCAUAGAGGAGGUAAAGAAACGUCAGUGCUUAUGGAAUCCGGAAUGUGAGAAUUACAACGACAGAGCUGCUCUGUCUACCGCUUGGGCAGAAAUUUGUAGGAUAUUGAACAUGCAAGAAAGGAGAGUUCGCUUGAAAUGGAAGACAAUACGAGACGUAUUCAAACGGGAGUUAAGAAAGAACAACGUGAGCGAUGGCUUCGAGGAAUACAAAGGCAAGUGGAAGUAUUUCAAGUUGCUAUGGUUCCUUCACAGACCCGACGAGCUAUCUAACGAUGACUAUGAGGUCCUGGUAAUCUCACCUGACGAUUCACCGAAACGUAUAAAAUUCGAACCAAACGAAACCACCGAAUUUGAAGACUUCGCGUCAAAUGUCGAUCCACUACCAGAAGAUAAGUCAAUUCCUCAGUCAAAAUCCGAUGAUGAUGACUAUGACCUGAUGUUCCUCAAGUCGCUAACACCGUUUAUGCGGGAACUGGAACCGAUGCGUAAGUUAGUUGUGAGAAAUAAAAUUCAAGAUAUGAUACUGAGUGAAAUUGCCGCUCAGAUGUCAUCACGGAAGUUCUAAUGGUGUUCGAGUUAUCCAGAUUUGUGGACGCCUGAAAAGACAAUUUAGUGUUUACGUGUUCAUAUGUUCGUGCGUGUAUUACGUUCGUUGGUGAUAUUAAACUAUAAAUGUUACAACAAUUCUGCAUUAUAUUGUAUUUGUAAAUGUAAAUUCGCCAAUGUGACCGUUAACGGUUCACGUUUUAAUCAUUAAUUGAAAUUAUAUACAUUCGCUAAUAAUGUACCUGUCGAAUCUCUCUAGACGCGGUAAUUCUAUCUAACAGUAACUUCAUAGAAACAGUCAAAACAAUCUCGGCAAUCGGCAUGCAACAGUCUCGAAUGUGCCGCUGUGAAGAAUGGACGCUGUGUUGUCUGAACGUUGCCGCUCGAUUUUUUUUACUUAAAAUAAGUACCAAGUACCUUCAUAUUACAAGAUGUAUAGUAUGUUUUUAUUGAAGCUUUAUAUAUACAAAUGUAGGCAUAUGUUAUGGAAAUGUUGUGGAUGUUGCAUCCCCAUAGCAUGUUCCGCGUGGCUGUAGUAUAAAUUUUAAAGAUACGGCCGAGUCAUAAUACUGUUAGAUAGAAUUACCCGCGGCGUCACGCGCGUCGUACCCGGUAAAAAGCGUAUGUGCUUAUACAGCUUAUAAUCCAUCUCUGUACCAAAUUUCAAUUUUCAUUUGAUUUGAACAGAACAAACCUAUCCAAAAGCUAUGAAACUGGCUAUGAAUAUUGUAAAUAUGUGACAAUUAGAAAUAACUUUAAUAAUUAUGAAUGUUUGUAUGUCAAUUACUCAACAUUUCAGUCCAUGCUAGUUAUGACUUAUGACCCAAAGUGCCUUGUGAAGCAAAGCGUCCUUAGAAAGAACUAGAAAAAGUAGUAGCGUAGAAGGCCUUUCUACUGAAAUUAUAAACGUUAAAUUAUGAAGACACAUACAGCUGAUCAAACCAUCGGUUUGUAUCGAAUUUGGUAGUAAUUAACAAAAAUACGUCAUUCACUUGUGUCAUUUAUUUUUUCUGUCAUCUAGGAAGUUGUCUUAUUUAAUACAGAUUGUCUGGAAUUGUCAGCGAAGUGAUUUAGUUUUACGUUAGAGAAGUUGGAACGAAACGAUGGCUUUAAAUAAAGUUUUAUACGAUGUU